GAGUGGGGGCCGCGGGCAGGCCGACACCGCACCGGUGCAGCAGGGCGGGUGACGGCGGCCUUGCGCCCCUCGGGCUCCUUCCCUUCAGGAUCGGGCUGCGCGCCAUGGCGCCUUCGCGGAGGAAAGCGUCGAGGAUCGGGGCCGGCAAGGGCGCCCUGCGGAGCCAGCUCAGGGGGGAGGCCCUCCUGCGGGACUUCGACCGGGAAGUCAAGAAGCGGCUGGAGGAGGUCCGAGUGUCCGGCGAGAACCUCCAGAAGGAGGUCAGCAACCUCUACGACGUGGCGCUCCUCCGCCUGCCGGUGGCCGUGCGGGAGAUGAACUGGCUCAGCUACCUGGCUCUAGGAGGAAGCGAGAAGGCCCUGGAGAAGGUCGCCUUGGGAGGCUUGGACAUUGCGGAGAUCACCCAGCUGGCCUCGGCAGCCAUCCAGACCCCCAUCAAGACGGUCAAGAAAGCCAAGAAGCUCAAGCAGCCGGUGGAGACCAUCGAGGAAGAGCCGGAGGGGCCCAUCCUGCCCGCAGGGAAGCGGUCCAGGCAGGGGAAGGAGGCGGCGACGACAGCGGCCUCGGAGCCCGACCCGGAGGCAUCGCACCAGAAACUGGGCAAGGUGAAGCGAUCGAGCAGGCCGCCCCCCUCUUCGAAGAGGACCAGGCCCCCUUCCGCCAGGUCUGCCCGUCUCAGUAAAAGGCCCAGCAAAGCCGCCUUCCUCACUCCCGCCGGCCAGGGGGGCCAGGGUCCGGCUACCACGAGGGGCACCACCCCGCUACUCACUCCCAAGUUUGACUCCAGCAUUUUCAAGACGCCCGGCCUGCGGGCCCCUGCGGCCCACGAGCGCGUGUUCAGCAUCUCUGCCAACGGCAGCCCCUUGGCGGAGAGCCGGGAGAUUUUCAUCACCCUGCCCGUCGGCGGAGGAGAGAGCCUCCGGGUGAGAGCCAGCCAGCUCAAGAGAGAGGACCUCCUGCGCUUGAACCCGGACACCCUUGGGAGCGUGGAGAAGCUGUCCUCUGAGCUUCUCCAUCUCUGCAACAGCGUGAGGGGCCAGGGUGGCCGCGCUGGGCCCUCCCCCCUGGAGCUCCUGCCUUGAGACCCGCUUCUUGCAUGGGCCCUGAGGGCUCUGCGAAGCUGCCUCCGGAUCGAACUGGAGGAGAUGGGCAGGGGAUUCCGGGGUCAGGGGAUGUUUUCAAGAAGCGACGGGGGAUCCGGACUGGGGCCUCUUGGCGCCUCUUUCGCUUUGGGCCUCCUUGGGCGCCUCCAAAUCCUAGAACCCGCUCGGCAGGAGCGCGUUGGAGGGUGGACCUUCCUCAGCGUCUCCACUCUCUCUCUCUCUAUGGGUGCGCCUGGAGUUCACCUCGUCUGGCUCACUGCGGUUCCUCGUAUUGGUUUGCAAGACGUUCAGGUGAGGGUUCCUUGAAUGGUAGGGCAGCUCCCUGGGGGAGGAUGGCCCGUCCUUCCACGCAGAGGGGUGGGAGGGUGGAAGGGGGCAUUCCUCCAGCAGGGGGCAGCCGGGUUGCCCAGAGUGGCCGGUGGAGCUGAUGUGGGCAGGAGGGAUCCGCUCGUGGGGCAGAGGUGUGAAGGCCGGCCAGCAGCUUCCUGGCCGAGCUCCCGGGGGCGGCGGGCGUGUCUCUGGGCAGGUGCCGGGGCUGCUCCGGAAGCCCAAAGCCCUUGCCCACCUCCAGCUGGGGGGCCCGGAGCGUCCUUAGGCGGUGUCCGCACCCGGAGCUUGGCUCCCUGGCCUUCGGGGUCCCGGUUUUUUGGACAGACCCAACCCUGAGGCUGCAGCCGUGGACAACCGCCCUGCCCUGCCCAGCCCUGCCGUUCCGGCUUCUCUUCUCGGCCAGACUCCUACCUGCCUGCAUCGAUUCUUCGGUUUGGCCCCUUCUCAAUGUUUCCCUGCUCCUGCGUGUAAAUAUACUUGAUUUGGGGGUGCUGUGUUUCACUGUGUUUCAGAUAUGCUAUUCAUUAAAAGUUGUGACGUGUUUUGUUUUUCAAAGGUGGAUGUGCAGAGAAAA